AAUUAUUAUUACUUAAUUUUUGAAAAUAAAAGAAUUUUAAAAUGUCUAAAACUUUUAAAUAUAUAUCAUACAAAGUUACUAAUGGUAUUUAAUAAGAUGAAGAUUACUACUGAGUUUUGGUAUAAAAGAAGAAAAAAUAUUGAAAUUAAAUAGUAUGUAGUUCAAAGCAUAUCUGGUACCGAUGUUUCCACUUCCUCCGAUAAGACAUUGUUUGUUUGGCAUUGAGUACCAAACAUCAAGGAUCCAAACGUUCGAUUCUUCAACUACAAUAAUAAGUUAUCGGUAAUAUGAAAUAAGAAAACAUGUAUAGAAUAGUACAAAAGAUAAUGAUAUUAUUUUUUAUUUACUUCUUUAUAUACACAUCAACAACGGAGAAUGUAUCAAAAAGAAGUUGUAAUAUAAUUUCCGGGUCAUCAACUUUACAAUGCUUUGGAAUGUAUUCAGAAGAUUUUUCAAAAAUAACCUUCAAUGAAAUCUUAGAAAACUUAGAAUGCGUUCGAUGUAAUUUAGGAAAUAUCCCACCGGAAACGUUUGAUUUUGAAGAUAAUCACCUUUUUACAUUAUCAUUAAAAAAUAAUAACAUAACCGGGCUUGUUCCGUUUACUUUUGUUGGAUUGGAUUAUUUAAGAAAAUUAGAUUUAAGUAAUAAUAGUAUUCAAAUAAUAAUACCGGGUACGUUUAAAGGUAUCAAAAAUGUUGUUAUAUUUAAUUUAAAACGAAACAAAAUAAGGAGGAUUGAAAAAAAUUCAUUUUCGGAAUUGGAAAAUUUGGUACAUUUGGAUUUAUCGGAUAAUUUGAUUAUUGAUAUUUAUCCAGGUGCGUUUAAUAAUUUAAACAAAUUAAGAUUACUUGAAUUAGAAAAUAAUAAAUUAAAAAUUUUACAAGAUGGAUUUCAAUUUCCAUCUAACAUAGAAGAACUUUAUUUAGGUAACAACGUCUUAAAUAAACUCCAAAACAAAUUCAAAAUUAACAACUUAUUAAAACUUUACCUCUCAAACAAUGACAUCUCCGUUAUACCAAAGAAUUAUUUUAGUUCUGUAAUCAAUUUAAAAGAAAUUUAUUUAAACGAUAAUAAAAUCAUCGAAUUAGAAUCAAACGCUUUUAAUGAUUUAAAAAAUUUAGAAAUUUUAAAUUUAAACAACAAUACUCUGAAAGCGAUUCCUUUUGAUUUAUUUUCGGAAUUAUUACGUUUAAAAUAUUUAGAUUUAAGUAAAAAUUCUUUAAAAAUAAUCUCUUUAUACACACCACUCCCAGAAUUAAUUACUGUCAAUUUUUCUCACAACUAUAUCAAUAAAAUUUUAAUUCCAACAGGAAAUGUCGCAAAAUUGUUUAAUUUAAAUUAUCUCGACCUAUCACAUAACAAUUUAUCGUACUUGGACUACGUAGAAUUAUACCAAAACGCUCCAAAAUUAAUUUUAUUAAACGUAAACCACAAUAAUUUACCUUGUAAUACCGAAAAGGAAAUGAUUUCGUAUUUUCCUUUAGAUAAUUUUAGUUUAAACAUUGAUAAUAACGCAAGUAUUUUAUGCAAUGUAACGAAAAAUUCUAACAUAAUGAACAAUUUAGUUGAAAUUGAAGAAUUAAUAACAAAUCAUAAUGGCCAUAAUCAUGUUCCAUUUUUAUAUGGAUUAUUAAUUUUUGUUAGUGUUUUUAUUUUAGUUAUUGGAUUAAUUCUUUAUAAGACAUAUGUGUAUGUAAAAAGAUGUAAGGAGAGAAAUUUAAACGAUUUAACACAACUUAAUGAAACUGUUACUCAUCAUACAGCUUAUGAAUCAUUAUAAAACAUCUAAUUUGUUGAUGUAUAAUAAUAAAUUUUUAUUAAACUAUA